AGGGGUCUGACAUGUGUGCCACGCAGUCUCUCGUGUUUACUCUUCGGCACACUUGAUGGCGCCUCCUCGCAAGAGGAACCGGGACUAAACUCUAGGAGGGACACAGACUUUCUUUUACGUUUCCUGCGUGUGAGGAAGUACAACGUGGAAGCGGCGCUGCAAAGUAUCAAGAAUUACUACAGGAACCGCGCAGCCUCAGAUUCCGUGUACCGCGAAUUCCUUCCAUCGAAGGUACCUCUCGCGGCACGGAGGCUUUGUCUCGUUCUGCCGCAAAGGGACGUGCGUGGACGACCCAUAGUCUUCUGUCAUGUGGGUCACUGGAAUCCUGAAGAGAUCACAUACACGACUCUGCAGCAAGCGUUAAUCAUGUGCCUGGAGCAAGUGAUUUCCGACCCCGUGGCGCAGACAAUUGGUAUCGUCAUGAUGGUGGACUACCUCGGUUUCACGAUGGACAAAGUCUUUUCUAUGAGUCUCGGCCUCAUCAGAAGACUGCUCGAGUACUUCCAGGACUGCAUGCCAGCUCGGCUGAAAGCGGUGCAUAUCUUGAACCAACCAUAUGCUUUUGACGUGCUCUUCGGUGUGGUAAGAGUCUUCAUCAAAUCAAAGAUGGCCGGAAGGAUGCAGAUGCAUGGUGAAAACUACGAGAGGUUUCACGAGGAAGUCUGCCCCAGUACGUUACCGAAAGAGUAUGGUGGACAUGGACCGCAGUUCGAUUUCGAUGCCUUUUGGAGACUCAUGGACGCACAGGAAGAGACAUUCGCAUGGGGGAACCGCUUCGGCUACGUCAUCCUGGAUGACCCCGACAUAUAUGAGAAUGACCAGAUGCCUUUGCAGCUUACAACUUUAUGAUUACACCAUGCGAAAGCAGGCUUUCGCGAUGAUAACAUCAGUGAUCUAAAGGUGUACGUUUCAUUUCACGGGAUUUUCUUUUUUCUCUUGAAGCCUGAAAAUAAACGUCGUUUUAGGUAUC